CUCAUUCGUGUUUUCAUCGUUGUUCGGUUAACUUCGGCUAAAUAGGCAGUGAGAGCGUGCCUGAAAAUAAAUUGUACACGCGCAUUCAAAUAAAAUAAGCCAGCAUUAUUUAAUCGGCUUCACGUGUAUUUUGCAAUAGUGAAUUGAUACAAUCAAGCGGAAGGAACUAGUCAAAGUCUAAAUUGUGGGAAUCGACACGAAAAUGCACUGCGCGUAGAUUACAUAAGCAAAUGGCAAAAGUCGAAAGUCAUUUUCAGCUAAUCAUAUAACAAAGCAAAGCACUCAGACUCAGACGUCUCACUACAGAUUGAGAUAUAUUUCAUCAGCUAAUACACACAGAUGUGAAUGUAUUGAGCAAAGUAAACAAGAGCAGAGUAAGAAAACUUGCAAAACUGAACUGAAGUUAUUGAAUUGGCCAAAGAGAAAAUAUGUGCUCGGCAACAAAACAAAGGCAGAAAUGUUCAAGUAGCAGCAGCAAAAGCAGCAAAAACCACAAAAGCAACAGCGUCAAGAACGACAACGACAACAAAUCGGCGCCUAGCAACAAGCCAAAUUCAUCAAUUGAAAUUGCGGCCAUGUGUAACGAGUUGCUGUGACUUUUUCGAUUGAACUUCUUGCAAGCUGCUAAAUGCCAAAGAUUGUAAAUAAUACGUAUACUUAGUACAAUUGUAAAUUGCACAAAUAUUGUAGAAAGUUAGAAAGAGAGAGUGAUAGAGCACAAAGGAAAUCGAAAGUGAUUACGCUGAAUUGAAGUUGAAAUUACAAAUAUUCAAAUUCAAAGUCAAAAAAAAGCUCGGAACAAAAUAAAUUUUUUUAUAUAAAAUAAAAUACCAAAAAUAAAGGCAGCAAAAUGAAUGCAAGCACAACCGCGAGCAGUCCCAACAAAUUCAAAUUUAACGUAUUCUCGCACGUGAAGUACGAGCAUUUGGUUGCCGGAGUGUCUGGCGGAGUUGCAUCGACGCUCAUACUGCAUCCAUUAGAUCUUAUCAAAAUUCGCUUUGCUGUGAACGAUGGACGCACUGCGACAGUGCCACAGUAUCGUGGCUUGGGCAGCGCGUUUACCACCAUUUUCCGGCAGGAAGGUUUCCGCGGUCUCUACAAGGGCGUCACACCAAAUGUCUGGGGUUCAGGUUCCUCUUGGGGCCUCUACUUCUUGUUCUACAACAGCAUCAAGACAUUCAUUCAGGGCGGCAACUCGACCAUGCCCCUGGGCCCCGCCAUGCAUAUGCUAGCCGCCGCCGAGUCUGGCGCUCUAACAUUGCUGCUGACUAAUCCCAUUUGGGUGGUGAAGACGCGUCUCUGUCUGCAGUGCGAUUCGUCGAACACCGCCGGAUAUCGGGGCAUGAUGCAUGCGCUGGCCGAGAUCUACCGGGUGGAGGGUAUGCGUGGCUUGUACAGAGGCUUUGUGCCCGGCAUGCUGGGUGUCUCGCAUGGCGCCAUACAGUUUAUGACCUAUGAGGAGAUGAAGAAUGCCUAUAACGAAUAUCGCAAGCUGCCCAUUGACACUAAAUUGGCCACAAGCGAAUACUUGGCAUUCGCCGCCAUAUCGAAGCUGAUUGCCGCCGCGAUGACAUAUCCAUAUCAGGUGGUGCGGGCACGUCUGCAGGAUCAUCAUCAUCGCUACAGCGGCACCUGGGACUGCAUCAGACAGACUUGGAGAUAUGAGGGCGCUCGUGGCUUCUACAAGGGACUCCAGGCGAGCGUGAUCCGAGUGGUGCCCGCCUGUAUGAUCACAUUACUGGUCUAUGAGAAUGUUUCCCACUUCAUGUUGGCACAAAAGAAGCAGCGCGAAGGACUUAAGCAAAUCCCGCAGCCAGUUGUUAAGGAUGAAAGCACAAAAUAAGGGAGAAGCACAGUUACUACUACAAAAUAAAUAAGCCCGCAUCGAAAAUGUUGAGACGAAUGUUGAGCAUUCGAUCCAUUUUUCCACUAGUCACUUAAAUAUUUGUUAAUACACUGAAAACUAACCCUAAAUAAUGCAGAAGUGAAUUGCAUUCUACUUUGAGGCAGUUAUAAAUUAAAAUAUUGGAACAGAUAUUCCUAGGCAUUGCAUUAAAUUAGAUAUAAUUUGUUGUAAAUGAAAUUCUUAGUUUUAUAGAUGAUUAAUAAUAUUUCUUAAGUAAUUGUAAAAAGGCGGUUGUUGAAAAUAUAAAAUAUUUUGAUAACAGA